CAGGCCGUGGCGCAUGCGCAGAGCCAUCAGCGCGGGCCUGACUCGCUCCACCGCGCUCUGUCCUCCUGGUGUUCCCCUUCUGGGCGCUUCCGGCACGCCGAGGCCUGUUCCGGAGUAGCUGGUACCCGCUUUCUCUGCCUCUUUCUCACGCUCGUGACCUCCCGGCACCGUUUACUCGGCGGGGGGCCCGUGGAAGACCUUCCCCGCCCACGCUACGCUCCUGUCACUCAGAGUGCGCGCCCGCCCCAGGAGCCAAUCAGCAACCGCCUUAGGGGACCAUGUCAGAGUCUGGGCACAGUCAGCCUGGGCUCUAUGGGAUAGAGCGGCGGCGACGGUGGAAGGAGCCAGGCUCCGGUGGCCCCCAGAACCUCUCUGGGCCUGGAGGCCGGGAGAGAGACUACAUUGCACCCUGGGAGAGAGAGAGACGGGACGGCAGCGAGGACCCCAGCACCAGCGUCAUGCAGAAAACCCCCAUCAUCCUCUCGAAGCCCCCAGCAGAGCGGUCAAAGCAGCCGCCGCCAACCGCAGCGCCCGCUGCGCCGCCAGCCCCGGCCCCGCUGGAGAAACCCAUCGUGCUCAUGAAGCCACGCGAGGAGGGGAAGGGCGCUGUGGCUGGGACGGGGGCCGCCACCCCAGAGGGCACCGCCCCGCCGCCCCCCACAGCCCCUGCGCCGCCCAAAGGAGAGAAGGAGGGCCAGAGACCCACGCAGCCCGUGUACCAGAUCCAGAACCGCGGCAUGGGCACCGCUGCCCCGACCGCCAUGGACCCCGUGGUGGGCCAGGCCAAGCUCCUGCCCCCGGAGCGCAUGAAGCACAGCAUCAAGCUGGUGGACGACCAGAUGAACUGGUGCGACAGCGCCAUCGAGUACCUGCUGGAUCAGACUGACGUGUUAGUGGUCGGUGUCCUAGGCCUCCAGGGGACAGGCAAGUCCAUGGUCAUGUCACUGUUGUCGGCAAACACUCCGGAGGAAGACCAGAGGGCGUAUGUCUUCCGGGCUCAGAGUGCUGAGAUGAAGGAACGAGGGGGCAACCAGACCAGCGGCAUCGACUUCUUCAUUACCCAGGAGCGGAUCGUCUUCCUGGACACGCAGCCCAUCCUGAGCCCAUCCAUCUUGGACCACCUCAUCAAUAACGACCGCAAAUUGCCUCCGGAGUACAACCUCCCUCACACCUAUGUGGAAAUGCAGUCGCUGCAGAUAGCUGCCUUCCUCUUCACGGUCUGCCACGUGGUGAUCGUCGUGCAGGACUGGUUCACGGACCUCAGUCUGUACAGGUUCCUGCAAACGGCAGAGAUGGUGAAACCAUCCACCCCGUCCCCCAGCCACGAGUCCAGCAGUUCUGCGGGCUCGGACGAGGGCACCGAGUACUACCCACACCUUGUCUUCCUGCAGAACAAGGCACGCAGGGAGGACUUCUGUCCCCGGAAGUUACGACAGAUGCACCUGAUGAUUGACCAGCUCAUGGCACACUCCCACCUGCGCUACAAGGGGACGCUGUCCAUGCUGCAGUGCAACAUCUUCCCGGGGCUGCCCCCCGACUUUCUGGACUCUGAGGUCAACCUGUUCCUGGUACCCUUCAUGGACAGUGAGGCAGAGAGUGAGACCCCACCUCGCCCAGGGCCUGGCUCCAGCCCCCUCUUCUCCCUGCUGCCCGGGUACCGAGGUCACCCCAGCUUCCAGUCAUUGGUUAGCAAGCUCCGCAGCCAGGUGAUGUCCAUGGCUCGGCCCCAGCUGUCACACACCAUCCUCACCGAGAAGAACUGGUUCCACUACGCCGCCCGGAUCUGGGACGGGGUGAAGAAGUCCUCAGCCCUGGCCGAGUACAGCCGCCUCCUGGCCUGAGGCUGAGGCGGGGCACAGGGACCUGUCCUGUGGACAGGAAGGGCACACAGCCUUCCCCAGCACGGGGAGAGCCAUGCGACAGAGGCCUGGCCGAGGGAUCAGGGAUCAUGGCUUCCCGCCCAGAAGAGACGCGAGGUGUCUGAGGCCAGUCCCUCUUUCAAAUGGGGACCUGCUCCGGGGUGACCAAGAGAUCCCACCCCAGCCUGAGAUGAGCAUCCCUUCCCAGGCGCCCACAGAAACAGCAGGAGGUGGCAGAGCGGGUCCCCAGGAAACCUUCCCUGGGGAUGGGGACGGAGAGCUCUUUGUGGGGAGCAUCUUUGGUUGAAAUAAACAUGGUCAUAGGAA